AUGGAUAUCGACCUAUUCAGCCCCAUACACAACGACGACACCACGGUAGUGCAAGCAGGAAACGCCCAAAGCGCCAAUGCAGAAGACGACUCGUCAGUAUCCCCAGAAUCGGCUGGCCCUUCAGUGACCUGCGAGCUGUGCCAGCUACAUCGCAUCUUCGCGGGCAAGGCUUGGAUACAUGUGCACAUGAAGCAACGGCGCGACUGCUUUACCAUUCUGCUCGACGACGAUGGAACCGCCUACUACGGCAGGAUCCUGGAUCAAGCGACAAUGCAGCAGCACCAGGUGGAACCCGAGAGCCGUCCUCGAAGGGCAGCCACGGACACCCGCCAUCUCCAAAUGUUCAGGCGGAUCAUCGCAGCCAUCCGUGGGCUCGAUUCCAGGCUGUCUCUGCUAUCUCGCUUCCCGGAGGACAUCGACUCACCUCCGCCGUUGCUGGAGUAG